AUGAAACUCCAUCAAAUAUUCCUUGUCCUUGUCGUUCUUUUGACGGCCGUCUACGCCCAAAUCACCUCGAGUGGUUUGACCUUCGAUGGCGGCGAUGUAGUGACUCUUGCUUGGGCUUUGGAGGGCGACGGCUCUACGAAAUAUGAUUUCUACCUCUGUGCCGGCGACGAGACAACCAAUUCAUAUGAAUCACUGGCACGAGUCAUCAAGGAUGGCACCUUCGCGUCGGGGGACCUGGUGUCAUUCCGAGCGGACCAGAAUAUCGGCGGGAAUGAGCCGAAUGCAUAUUUCUUGAAGAUUGUUUCUUCGGGAUCCAACGGAUCCUGGUCUGGCAUCACCUCCCAUUUCACCCUGACGAACAUGAAGGGCUCGUUCUCGGCCAAAGUGUUGGAGGCCAUCAAGACUAUGAAGCCCGCCAUUGGUCUUCCUUGGUCCUCUUUCGGCGGUGACCAUCUGCUCGAGGCCGAGGUACCCACUAGUCACAAUGCAUCGGCCGCUGAGGGCUUUCUUCGUGAAGAAGUGACCGAAUCAGUCUUGCAAUUUCCCACCCCCAUUGUCGAAUCUGAGAUUGAGCGCAAUGAACUGCGCAAACGACAGGCCAUCGGUGCACACACCAUUCCUUAUGGUGAGCAGACUGGCCCAACGCGGUAUGCUCCGGUGCCCAAGAGAGCCGGCACCACCAUCGCAGACAGAUCAGCCACGCCUCAAUAUCCGCCGUUCCCGUUCUCCGUGGCAACCGAGUAUCUUCCUGCCCCGACCGUCUCAACAACGGAGAUGGCUUAUUUGACCUGGACAACGCACAGCAUCGAAAACACGGCUGCCCCUGCGGCUGCACCCACGCUGGACAAGCGAAUGCAGCGAUGGCUGGAACGUUGGAAGGAUUAA